CGGGCCCCGGGCACCAUGGCGCGGCGCCUGCAGCCCCGGGGCGCCGGCACGAAGGGGCCGCCGGCCGCGACCGCCGCGGCCUCGGAGGCCGGCCCGCGUCCCCACCCCUCCGCCGCCGCGGAGCCCCUGGCCUCGGCCAAGCCGCUGCUGCGCUGGGACGAGGUGCCCGACGACUUCGUCGAGUGCUUCAUCCUGUCGGGCUACCGGCGGCUGCCGUGCACGGCGCAGGAGUGCCUGGCCUCGGUGCUGAAGCCCACCAACGAGACGCUCAACUUCUGGACGCACUUCAUCCCGCUGCUGCUGUUCCUGAGCAAGUUCUGCCGCCUGUUCUUCCUGAGCGGCCGGGACGUGCCCUUCCAUCACCCGUGGCUGCUGCCGCUGUGGUGCUACGCGUCGGGCGUGCUGCUGACCUUCGCCAUGAGCUGCACGGCGCACGUGUUCAGCUGCCUGUCGCUGCGCCUGCGCGCCGCCUUCUUCUACCUGGACUACGCGUCCAUCAGCUACUACGGCUUCGGCAGCACCGUGGCCUACUACUACUACCUGCUGCCGGGCCUGAGCCUGCUGGACGCCCGGGUGAUGACGCCGUAUGUGCAGCAGCGCCUGGGCUGGCACGUGGACUGCACGCGCCUCAUCGCCGCCUACCGCGCGCUCGUGCUGCCCGUGGCCUUCGUGCUGGCCGUGGCCUGCACCGUGGCCUGCUGCAAGAGCCGCACCGACUGGUGCUCCUACCCGUUCGCGCUGCGCACCUUCGUGUUCGUCAUGCCGCUCAGCAUGGCCUGCCCCAUCAUGCUCGAGAGCUGGCUCUUCGACCUGCGCGGCGAGAACCCCACGCUCUUCGUGCACUUCUACCGUCGCUACUUCUGGCUGGUGGUGGCCGCCUUCUUCAACGUGAGCAAGAUCCCCGAGCGCAUCCAUCCAGGCCUCUUCGACAUAAUUGGCCACAGCCACCAGCUCUUCCACAUAUUCACGUUCCUCAGCAUCUACGACCAGGUGUACUACGUGGAGGAGGGCCUGCGCCAGUUCCUCGAGGCGCCGCCGGCGGCCCCCACCUUCUCUGGCACGGUGGGCUACAUGCUGCUCCUGGUGGUCUGCCUCGGGCUGGUCAUCAAGAAGUUCCUAAACAGCGCCGAAUCCUGCAGCAAAAAGUGAACCUCCGCCUUGGAGGAGGCUGCUGGUCCGCCCGCCUAUUCCUUUGGAGUUUCUGUUGUUGCUGUUGUUGGUUUGUUUUCAAGUUUUGUUGUGUUUCCUUCUUUGCUCCAGGAAGGUGCUGCAAAACCACAGGGAAUAAGCCGAAUGUGACAAGGGGGAGUGGAAAGGGGGGGUGUCUCAGUGCACUUGGGGCUUUUGAAAAGAGGGAUGUCUCAAGCAAGAGGGACAGAGCCACUGGUUCUCGCCCGUGGAAAAAAUUCGGGUGUUGUCUCUGACAUCCAGGGUUUUUGUUUUUGUUUUUGUUUUUUUGUGUUUUUUUUUUUCAAAAGGAGCGACUAAAAUCCCAAAUAAAACCCCAUACAGUUUGGUUUUCCAGUCGUCUUCUGUGCCGGUGGUAAUGACAAGUAGUCCUUGUGAGGUCAGGUAUGCAGUAAAGAGGGUAAGUAGACAAAAUCCUUGGGUACUUCCAUUUCAUUCUGAGGAAUGCUUGGAUUUGUAAAAAAAAAAAAAAAAGAAUGGAGCUUUGUAGGAAAUGGGCACAAAGACACAAACCCAGGGCUUAACCUGCUAGAAAAUGCAUGGUAUGUGAACACUAAUUAAUUAUUUCAAAAUGUUUCUCCGAUGUUAUUUAAAUAGUAAUAUAUACAAUGAUUUUUCAUAAUUUAUCGAAGCCUGUGAUAUGCACUGAAUUGUCUUUGUUACAUAGUUUUGAAUCUUGCGGCCCUUCUGCAUUGCAUACACUUGAACUGGACAUCAGGGCAAGCUGCUUGAGAAUUCUCAACUACUUUUCUUAAACAGUAUUUUCUGAAGGCUUAUGUGUGUUAUGAUACAACUGUGAAUUAUUCUACCUUAGGGACUCUGGUUAAACUAUUGUUGAGGAGCUCAGUGGUUUGUAUACAUCUCGGAUUCCAAUUUACUUUAAUGUAUUCCACAAAACCCAUUUUUUUUUUGUUUUUAAUUUUAUUCUUUCGUUCUCUACUUAUUUAAAUUGCCACUGGAAUAAAUGUGCCUUUUGAAGCAAUGCCCAAAUGACUGGUCCUCAGACAUAGUUUGUGCAUGGAGAGAGCAGUAAGAAUAAGCUUUUCUUAUUUUACUGUAAAUCAGGGUCUAACAUUCCACCCAGGAGGGAAGGAAGAUGGUGUUGGUUUUAAAAUUUUGGACUGGAAGUAGCUUACCAGGACAUGCAGAGCAUUUGGCUUCUCUAAGAAAAGGAGCCAACCCACUAAUGUGGCUGUGGUUCCUAAUGCAGGCAUCGGGGAAGGUGAGAGGACACUGUCCUAGACCAAUGCCAUUUAUCCUUGCUUAAAAAUACAAUAUUCAGGAAUAACUGAGGCAGUUAUAUUAUGAAAGUCAGGAGCAUAUUACUUGAAUUAUAACUGAAAAUGUUGAGCUAAACAACAUUACCUUAGCAUAGUUAAAACAUUGAAGUCUCAUUUGGAUCCACACUAUGGAAAUGAGUGGCAGUCACCCUAAAUCAUGGACAAGUUAGAAGAUGUCUUCCUGAGAUACUUUCUAAUGACCACAUUGGCCAAUGUUAUUUAAGACAUUUCUCACAAGCGAUAACCUGUAUUUGAGAUAACAACUCUAGAUUAACACAAACCACUGAGGUGGCUUAUAUAAUUUAACUUACCACACUUCCUGACAAGUCCUUUUGGUUAGGAGCCAAAUAAGUCAUUGAAUGGGGAGUCUUGACUUCAUAGUAUAAUUUAGAUCAAGCACAUAAGGUAGAUGAACACUUACCUCAGCACUGGUAGGCUGGAACUCCUAAAAAGAUUGCUGUUUUUGUGUAUGCUUUUAAUCUCUACUGUAUUUUUAAACAGAGAGGCUUGGCACAAUUCUCUGGAGGAACCAGUAUCCUUGUGCGUUAAUUUGCACACAGAAGUUCAUAUGUCUAUAUUUAAUUUGGAACCUCGUAAUGGGAUCGUAAAUACGCUUUGCACAUUUGCUGAUGGGUGUUAGUAUCUAAUCUUUUGCAAAGUGCAAGGAGAUUCCCAUUAGGUGAUAGAGGCUGAGAAUUUGUGCCUAGCACAGGUGUCAUUCCUCAGCUGUAACUUAGCUCAGUGCGCGUAUUCAAGGACAGCUGUGGAAAUCAGGAUAUGCAAACUUAUUUGCAUGUCACUGUUGUCUCUUCUAGAGCCCCAAAGAAGGUUGGUUUGGAAGCUAGAGAAAACAGGUUGAGGAGUGUUUGCUAGCUUCCUUGUAAAAUGGGACCUCCCCUUUCAGAAGCAAGUGUCCGAGGGACAGAAUUCUGUAAAGGGUCCAGGAGUUUGAGAACGAAAAAUAAACCCUGUAUUUGUCAUUUUAAAUUUUUUGUUGGAAAUCUUCUAGGUCUACAGAAUUCCCUUCUUGCCCUGUGUCUUUGUCCUUAAGCAGAGGCCACUUAAGGAUAAAAUUAUACCCAUAUCAUUUUCAAGUGAUUAUGAUGCAUGAGCCCAGUGAAGUGACACACUUUUUCCCUCAAAGUUUUCAGACUCAGUAUGCCCCAGGGAGAAUGAGGACUCACUUCCCUUCCCUUUGCCUUUUCCUUCCUCCAUUUUCCUUUCUCCCAUUCCGUCUUAGUUCUUAUAUACCACAAAUAACAUUGACAAAAGGACCUUCCAGCUGAAAACAGUGGUUUGGCUUCACUUCCUAUUUGCAGAUAGAUACCAUAUAUGCUAUAGAGGACCAGGGAUGAUUUAUGAAACUAUGUAUGUUAUUUGCUAAAUUUUAUGAGAUUUCUGCCCAGAUAAAUGAUGAUAUUUUGGAAUCAGCAAAUAUUUACUCAGUCUCCAUUUGCAUGGAACUAGCCAGGUAUAUUAUUACAUAUUUCAGGGGUAAUACAGCAAUGAGAAUAAAAUAUCUUGAAAAAUAUUUUUUCACAUUCUCCAUUUUGCCACAUCCGUUAGAAUUCAGUUUUACUGUAUUGUGUUCAGCUGCUUGAAAUGUAGGACAAAUGAUAAAUAAGAAUGUACUCCAUUAUCUCUGUAAAACCUAUUUUGGCAGUGGAAUUUUGAAGCAUAUUAUGUAAUGCAUUUUAUUUUUACUUGUUAGUCAUGAUCUAGAUGACAUCUCAAGGAGCAGCGUCAUGCACUCAUGCCUGGGAAGCGAAGGUGUUUGACUUUGGAGCCUGUCAUCCUGUGGGUUGGCCUCUGGGGUUGACUCAGCUGAGUUAGUUGGUUAAAAGGGGUUCCUUUCUCCCCUGUCCUUGCAGCUGCACCCUCAGGUGAAAGGAAUGACCUUCCCAGAUAGAUGUGAGUUUCUUGGUCAUGUCAUGACUGGCUCGUAAAAAUAAACUCGAUCUUUUCCACUGGCCAUACGCUUUCUAUAAAUAGCCCAGGAAGAAAGUAUGGGGCUUCAGAGCUGGCCAGAUUGGCCUUCACAUGUUUCCAUUCAUAAAUCCUGCCCGUAAGUGUUUGCAGUUAAAAACCAUUUAGCCUAGUUUGUCAUGCCCCUCCAGGGGAAUCAUAUCUAAGAAUGCAAAACUGGGGGGAUGGAGGUGAUUUUUUAUAAUUUUUUUCUAAUUUGGUGCUGACUCUGAGGGCUCACAGCAAUAAUAAAGAGGGAUUGCUACCUUCAGAUUUCUUCACAACUCUAUUUAGUGAAUCUGCACAAAGCUAGAAGAGUAAGAGGCAGGUAUAGGAACCCUCUUCAUUUCUAGGUUAUACCAAGGCGACAGAAUCAAGUUGUCAAACUGGCAUUAGGAUACGGGGAUGGUUGUGUGCUCAAUUGUAUUCGCCAGUUUGCAUAGCUAUGAUGCCUGGUCAGGCACACAGACACUAACUGGAGAUGUGUGUCUCCGUAGUUAUAUAUCUAUGAUAUAAUAUCUAUUUUAUCUAUAUAGAUACAUAAUUUAUCGUUGUAAAACAGAGCAAAGUGAGACAGACGUGGUUAUCCUUGAACUUAGAUUACAAAUCUUAUCCAAAAUGUUACUAGGUACUAAAUAGUUUUUAUCAUCUUGGAUUGUUCUUCAUCUGUUGAAGUCUGCCACUGCUGACUUCACGGUCAGUAUCCUUUGAGUCAAUUUCCACAUUUGUCCAUGUAACCCUUUUAGUGAUCAUUGAGCACCUAUUGCAUGUGAGACUUUGGGCGAGGAUCCAUAUUAUUCCAGCUGUUACCCAUUUGUCUGCUGGUGAAACAGAGGAACACCAGAGAGCCCUCUGGCGGGGGACCAUACUCUGACCUUGGCCACAGCAGAACGUCUCAAGCCACUGAGUUCGGUUCUUUUCUCCUUUCUGUUAGAAUGGUAGCAACGCAUAGAAUCUUAUUUCAAUUAACAUGCUAACUUACCCAGAAUCAGUUCAUUCGUUCAUUCGUUCGUUCUUUCUUUUUUCUUUCUUUCUUUUGUUCUUUCUUUCUUUCCUUCUUUCUUUCUUUUUCUUUUUCCUGUCUGCUCCUAGGCCGACGUGAAUUUGAUGGCUAAAAAUAACUAGAAAAUUUAAUGUACAAUGCGAGGUGAAAGUAAGCAGGCAUAUUACAUGGAGAGAGUUGAAAAUUUUAUCACUACUAAUUAAUAGAGAUGCUAAUAACCACCACUUUUUAGGAGGUUAAUAGUAUUCAUGUCAUCAAUGAAACAAGGUUCAUCCAAAGUGCCUAAACUGUGAUGUCAGUAAGUGUCUGAAUGUCAUAGAUAGCAUACUUAAGUUUUAAAAAUAGGAGCUUAAAUCUCCAAAGAUUAACUAAUGUUCUUUAGCCUUUUUUCUCUCUUAAGGUCUUUAUGUUGUAAUCUAUAAAACAUGUUUUAGGAAAAAUUACUUGGAGGAAAUUACUUUUAAAAAUUAUCAGAUGUGAAAAAGACAGGAAGAAGGCAUAAGCAGGGGGAGAACAAAGAGGAUUAGAUUCAAACAGAAUGGGACUCAAGUUCAACUGUGGACAGUCUCUCCUGAGUUUUAAAUUUUGUCCCUAGAAAAGCAUGUGAACUCCUAUGGUGUUAGCACUCAAAUGGACAGGCAAGGAAUUCUAUUUGGCAGCCUAACCACAUCCUGUAGCUUUUGACCUGAGCACUAGUGCCAAGGUAUAUUUUGAGUAGUACUCUUACCUCUGGCUUAAUGUCCUUAAUUUGUUUCCAUAAAAUUAGGACAUAAGGCACAAAGGCAUUAGGGGAUAACACCAGCCAAUUGUAAAUCACCUUUUGCAUCAUUUCUUUGAAGGAUUGCCAAUAUCCUCUGAAAUAAAUCGCCUGACGAAAAGCGAACAAGCCUAGACAAACUGAAAAAAGAAAGCGUUCAUUGGUUAAGCUGAGCACUAUUGUAUUUCAAUGUGAUAGGCCACGCACCUUCCCGCUGAAGGUUUUAUUCCUUCUUCAAUAGUAUGAAUAAUUAUUUUUUAAUUGUGAAAAUGAAUAUCAAUUCUCCUUAGUUACUAUUCCAAAAAUCUAAUACAAAUUUUUGCCGUUGUUUCCAAAGGACAGAUGUAUUGCAUUUCUGAUUUGCAGAUUUCUAACCAGUUUGUAGGCUUUUUUUUUUGUUUGUUUUAGAAUAGCUUCUUAAGGAUCUGUGAGCAAGUUGCAGAAUUAGAGUGUUUAUUUAUAGGUCAGAGGCCGAGAAUGCUGGUUUGGUUGUUAACUGUGGCAGGAUGUGACUUUUGAAAGCUCUGAGCACAUCCUUGUAUGCAAAAAUGAUCACUUAUUUACUAUUUAGCUCAAUGGAAAACAGCCUUUUGUUUGGGCUUUUGAAAAUGUUCCCCAAUGUAUUGUGCUUCUGAUUGUUAUACAUGAUCCUUAAUAUUUUUGUUCUUGAACAAUUUCUGAAAGCUAUUCCAAACGUGGCAUUCCUCAAGGAAUAUUUCUUGAAUGUGCAGAAUUAUUCUCAAAUGUGUAAAUGUGGCAGGCCACCUUUCUCAUGCCUUACAGCUCCACCUAAAAUAUGCAAUAAGCACUCGAGUAGGAGUGGACGGGUCUUCAGAUGGUUAUUUAACCAUGCUGUAGAAAUUGCCCUGCUCCUCAUAGCUCACCCACAACAUUGAGAAAGGACACCAUGUAAAUAAACCUUUGUUUCUAGAUGAGGGGAAUAUGGGGACACACAUUAAUUUCAUUUCUUUUUUCAGUUCCAUCUCUAGUUAGAAAGCAUAAUCUGUUUUUAAUAUGCUGGAUGCAAAAAAAGAAAAUUAAUAGGAAAACAUUUUAAAGAGGUAUUCUAAUUUUAUAUUUUAAAGUUUAUAAUAGCAAUUUGUUUGUAAAAACAGGCCUUAGCACAUAGAUGAGAACCAGCGCUUUUUGGAAAGCCUCAUCUUUGUCCUGGGAGUUUAAUCACCUAGAGCUCUUACCCAAAUGAUAAAGGCCUUGUAGGUCUUUAAAAAUGUAAAUAAUGUAUAGUUUAAAGAGGGGUAAAAACCCAUUUUUUUUUAAAUGAAGAAAACAGGUCAGAUAUGUCCUAGGUGUGUAACAAGGCUAAAUUAAAAGUCUUUUAAAAAUUCUAGUUAGAAACUUCAUUAAAUUCACUCUCCCAGCAAGGCUUAGCACAGGUCUACUUUUCUACCGGGUUGGUUUUCUUUUAUGGAGGCUAUGAGCAAAAUUAUUCUAACUAAGCAACUAAGUACCAAGCAAAAAAGGGAUGAGGCACAGUUCACUUUGAUGAGGAUAUAACCACAGCGAGUGACAUAGCCAGGAAAAUGUACAGCCCCAGACAUGCGCUCCUCGCUUCCGUGGAGUGGAAAGGAGCAUAGAGUCCCACGCCAUUGCUUACACAGACCAGGAAAAGGCUGUCUGUGUUGCAGGGCUGGGGACAACCCCACGGCUGUUCUUUUAUCUGCAUAAAGCAUGUGGUAGCUCUGAACUCCUCAUUUCAGCCUUCUCCCAGGCCAUUCCCAUCACCCUGGAAGCCUUCGGUUUCCACAACUCAGCCAUGAAGACAAAAGGUUUCUAAAAGGAUUCCAUGUAUAUAUUUAGGCCUUGUCAAACCAUCUGCCUUACGAGGUUCAUUCAUUUCCAAACCAAGGAUUUAAAUAUGAUUACUAUGCUCAGAUUUACAAGAAUGUACAACCAGCAGGUCCCCUUUUGCAGUAAAGGGCAUUAAUUGAAGGCCAUACUCAUUUUUUCCCUCAGGUCAGAGGCAGAGGGAGGAUUUCACAGUGACCAAAUAGAGACCUCCUUGUGUCAGUAUUUUUUUUUUUUAAGUUCAUUUAAUGGUGAUAAUGGAGGGAGAAAAGAGUAAAGGAUAAUGCAGGCAUGAAGAAAGAAACUGAAAGAUCCCACUGCUUGCUAAAUUAAUUCUUCUUCUUAGGCUACCUGACUCCAGCCAUCACCUACAUCCUAAACAGCUGUAUUUAGCUGGCUAGAGAGGCUUCUCAGGAUGUCUGAACUUCCAUUAGGGACUACGAUGUGGUUUCAAAUCAAUAGUGUACUCUGCCAGAGAAGCAUUAUUUAAUCAUAAUUCCACAUUACCUGAUAAACAAAUCUAUAGAAAUAGAUACUUUGAUCUGUUCUGUGCAUGUAGCUAACAAAAUUGUGACUCAUUCUCUUGUAUAGUUUGCUAUGAUUUUGGUUUUCUGAGAUAUUUGUUCCUUAUGGUCUUGAAAAUGGAAUUCUAUAUUAAUAAAGUAAUUAUGUAUUUUUUGCUGAAAAACAAAUGUAUGAAGUAAGAAUAAAUUAUUUGUAAGCACA